AUGGGCAGCGCACCACCCUUCCUCGGGCCAUUUACGGACCCAAGCCAACCGCGGCUCUAUUCCACGUCCGAGUCCCCGUCUCUGGACGUCUUCAAAACCAUUUGCUCGCAGCGAGCUACGAAAGCACAAUACCCUCUUGCGGAUUCCAUCCUGCACAACAUCCCCGUUUACACCCUCCCGCCAUACAGUGCCCUCACAUUGGAAGGCAAGACAAGCCUCCAGAAUGAAUGGUACAGCAUCCUCCUCCACGGCCCCGGUGUUUUCGUCACCAAAGGCCUCUACCGCGAUCAUACUCUCCUCAAGGACGUGAAUGCCGUCUUUCACAGCAUCAUCGCCAACGAGAAGCAGACCACGGUCGGUCGCGGAGACCAUUUCGCCGGGGCUGGCAAGAACGACAGGAUUUGGAACUCGUUCAGUAAGCAUGGGCUUGCGGACCCGCCUUCAUUCUUGAAGUACUACUCCAAUCCGUACCUGGGUCUCAUUGCGUCCUCGUGGCUGGGACCGGGAUACAGAAUCACGGCUCAAGUGAACAAUGUCAAGCCGGGGGCGGCAGCGCAGGUCUCCCACAGAGACUACCACCUGGGCUUCAUGUCUUCAGAGCCGUGUUCCCGGAUCCCGCGAGCCAUGCAGGUCGCCAGCCAGUGUCUCACGCUGCAGGGUGCUGUUGCCCAUGUUGACGUCCCCGUGGAAAGCGGACCGACUCGUCUGCUGCCCUACAGCCAGACCUUUGCGGAGGGAUACAUGGCGUAUCGAUUGCCCGAAUUCAACGACUAUUUUUUGCAGAACCACGUUGCUCUGCCGUUGGACGAGGGCGAUGGCUUGUUCUUCAAUCCGGCUCUGUUUCAUGCCGCGGGCACUAACCAGUCCCGGGACAUUCAUAGGUUGGCCAACUUAUUGCAGAUUAGCAGUGCGUUUGGAAAGCCAAUGGAGUCAGUUGAUGCGAUGCCUCUGGUGGAGGCUGUUUGGGACGAAUUGCAGAGUUUGUUCAAGAGCAGAGGCGCUACAGACGCCGUCGAAGCCUUUGUUGCGGCGGUCGGGGAAGGGUACGCAUUUCCUACCAAUCUGGAUCACAAUCCGCCGCAGAAUGAGAGCAUGGCCCCGAAAUCAGAGCAGGACGUUAUUUGGGAGUCUCUGCGACAGGGUUGCGACAAGCAACAAGCCUUGGAUGCACUGCGUGCGUACAGAACUGCCACGAGAGCUUGA